GAACAUCCGGGCAUUUUAGGGAAAUCCAUCAUGGCUGACGUGGAGUUUGAGAGAGAACAGAUGCUGAAUGAUGUACCCCUUGAGGGGGACAUCACAGUCCCUGGAGCACCACCUGAGAAAGAAGACCAAGAGUUCUCAACUCUCGAUGAGCCAGUCAGAGAAACAAUCAUGAGAGACUUACGAGCUGUUGGGAAGAAAUUUUUCCAUGUUUUAUAUCCAAAAGAAAGCAAAGCUUUAUUGAAAGAAUGGGAUUUAUGGGGACCAUUGAUAUUAUGUGUAUUUAUGGCGAUGAUGUUGCAAGGUUCCACAGAAAGGGCUAAUGAUAUGAACGAUGGAGGGCCUCAGUUUGCUGAAGUGUUUGUGAUAUAUUGGGUCGGUGCAGUUAUUGUGACGCUAAAUGUUAAACUAUUAGGCGGCUCUAUAUCGUUUUUCCAAAGUGUUUGUGUUCUUGGCUACUGCGUGUUGCCUCUUACCAUCGCCCUCAUCGUCUGCCGAAUCAUCUUAUUAGCGCCAAGAACAACAGCUUUAUUUGUAGUACGAUUUAUUACUGUGAUUAUCGCAUUCGCUUAUUCCACAUUUGCCUCUACUGCCUUCUUCAUAGAUAGUCAACCGCCACAUCGGAAAGCCCUCGUCGUCUACCCAGUAUUCCUCUUCUAUUUCAUCAUCAGUUGGUUAAUCAUCUCGCACACCCACAAUUGAACUGGAGGAGAUUCCGUUGGACAAUUAGGAUCGCAGACAACAAAACAAACACUUUUAAGGUGACAUUUCAACGAUGGAAGUUAUAGACAUUUUCACACCAUGUUUGUUUUGGCUUUCUAUGUCACAUGGUCUUUCCAUUGUUCGGGCCUAUUUUUAGACCAACAUGUGCAUUUGCCAGCCAAAAUAAAGCCUUAUAUGGGAAUGUGUGAAGUUGUCUAUUGAUCACCGCUGGUCAGUGUACAAGCAAGCUUGUACUUUGUGGUUGACAGUUGAGAACGAAUGCCCUUGAAGUGGCCAGUUUCUGGGAUGUUAUGAGUACUCCCUUCUUUAAGUCAGCUUGGAUUUCAUAACUUGACUACUACUUCUAGUCAUUAUAUAAGGCUUCUUUGUGCCAAGUUAUUAGGUGCCAAGGGUGUUACCUCUAUGUUGACUUGCCCUUUGUGUUGUACAUAUUCAUUAUUUAUUGUUCUGUAUGCAGGGCACAGAUUUGUAAUCAAGCAUUUUCACAGUGAAGGAAUUAUCCACUAGUCACUUUGUAAGUUACUACAAAAUUGGGUCUGGCCUGUACUUGGGAUAGUUGGAUAUAGAUCCAAAGGGAAAAGCAGCGCCAUUUUUAAGAAGAGAAUGAUUAGGGCUCAAGAUAACCCCUGAAAAUUGUCUUUUGGUAUGAAACUUGACCCAGGAACCUCAAAUUUGAAACUGUUACGUAUGUGACUUCAAAAUUCUCACUGGACUGCUGAGAUUUGUCAAAAAAUGGAUUGACUCUCUGUCACGAGAGUCUAGCUCGGGACCUGUGUAAUAAUAGGUCACUUCCGCGUCCUUUAAUUUGACUUGUUGUUCAGCUUUAGCAAGGUGAUUGUUUUAUUGAGGUUCUGGCAUUGAGGACUUGGCAGUCAUAUUCAUGUUCAUGAUUUUCUCAUUUUUCGAGGUGCAGGGUUUAUUUACGCUUACGCAUGUGUUUCCAUGAUUAAAAAAAACGGAUUUCCCUAUAGAAACUCCAACAUGUGAUGUAAUAGUUGAUCUUAGAUUGAUUUAGUCAUUCUUCCUGUACAUCCUAAUACUCUUUAAAUUCCUUGCUGGCCUCUUGCCAUACUUGCUUGCCUCACCACCCUCUUUGUUUUGACUGUGUCAAUGGGCAAGCAGGGGACAGGGGGAGGGGAGGGGCUCACUCUAGGUGUGCACAUCUGCGGCAAAGGGUACUAAUAAUGGUCAACUGUCAUCUGCUUUCAAUGCCAACAAUUAAAAACUCGUCAUGUGUACUUCACAAGGUAUUGCUCUGGCCAAAGUAACAUUUACCUCUUUAUUUUUGAACCAAUUUUACAGAAGAAGUAUUCAGGUAGCUGUGGAAUCCCUUUCCCAGCACAAAAUACAAACACUUAUUGAAGUGCUUCACAGCUGUGCAAGUUGAGCUCAGCUGUUGUUCAACUUCCAUCCUCCAGGUGGAAGCACUGGGGUAUAAAUUUCAAUGUUUCAUCUACUUGUCAUGUACAAAUGCAUACUGACUAUUUAUUUGGUCAAUAAAUAUUUGUAGCAAAUAAUUGUAAAUAAACUGAUACAUGA